AUGGCAGCAAAUAGCUAUAGCAUUAUUACCUUUCUUCUUGUUCUUAUGGGAGCUUUACUCCCCAUCCUAACUGAGUCCCGCCAGCUGCAGCAUACGGCCAAGGCGGUCAUAGGCGUUGAUGAGCUUAGAACCUACCUUACAGCCUUUGGAUAUCUUUCCAAGGACUCCACCAACGAUGAACAGCAGCAGCAGCACCUCUUAGAAUCUGCACUGAAGACGUACCAGAGAACCUACAAGUUAAAAGUUACUGGAAAGUUGGAUUCCGACACAAUGGAAUUGAUAAGCACACCGCGAUGUGGAAUGCCUGAUCAUAAUCUCAUCAAUGGUACUACUCAAAAGGGUUCCCAUCAAGCCCUCUAUAAACUCGGAUCAACAUUAUGGCCACCCACAAUGUACCAUCUCCCAUACUUAAUCUCCCAGGGAGAUAUUCCCGCAAUAGGAAUUAUAGGAUACGACGCUUUGGCUCAAGCAGCUGCUCAAGCAUUCGCCAUAUGGGCUGCAGUUUCCAAUUUUACAUUUACUGAAGUCGGACAAGAUAAACCCUAUUACCUGGACCUUAGCUUUCGACUUGGUGAGCAUGGAGAUGGCCAACCCUUUGAUGGUCCGCUUGGGGUAUUAGCGCAUGCUUUCUUCCCCACGCGUGGACUUCUGCAUUUUGAUGCAGAUGAGAAUUGGAGUUUGGCACCAAAACAGGACCAGUUUGACUUGGUAUACACAGCUCUACAUGAAAUAGGUCAUCUUCUUGGACUUGCUCACAGUGAGAAUCCUGAUGCAGUAAUGUAUGCUUCCAUGAAGCCAGGUGCCCACUCGAGGGUUUUGCACGCCGAUGACAUUGCUGCAAUACAUGCUAUGUACUCUUAA